GUGAGGUGCUUCUCGUCCCAAAAGAUGGUGUCUUCCACAGCGUAGAGACAGAUAAACAAAAAAUAAAUGAGAAUUAGAUACAUAAUGUCGAAUCGACGAGAUGAAAUAUCUGGCAUCUGAAUAUCCGGCGACUGCAGAUAAUUAAUAAACUGCCUCUGAAGGCGAACGGGAUGGAUAUCAGCAGAGCCGACGGAGGCUCCUACACGGACAAUCUCAUUGGGACUUUACUUGCUAUUUUUGGAAAUGUGCUUGUCAGCAUCUCGUUAAGUAUUCAGAAAUACAGCCAUGUGACAUUAGCCGGAAAAAAGGACCCGCGUGUCUUCUACCGCACUAAAACCUGGUGGUGUGGUUUUGUCCUGACCUGUCUCGGGGAGGGUGCAAACUUUGUCUCUUAUGCCUUUGCCCCCCUCGCUCUCAUAGCACCUCUCAAUGCCGUGUCUGUCCUGACAAGCUCAAUUUUGGGUCUUAUUUUUCUGCGUGAGAAAUCUAAGCCAAAGGAAUUUGCAAAGCAGUAUGGGCUGCCCUUCCUGGGCUGUGUCCUAACCAUAGGAGGAACGUACCUCUUUGUAGCAUUUGGACCAAACUCUCAUGAAAAACUCAAAGCGGAGAACAUUGUGAAGCACAUUGUCGGAUGGCCUGUUCUCUUGUAUCUGCUCCUGGAGAUUAUCACGUUCUGCCUGCUUCUAUACUUCUACAAACAGCGCGGUGCUAACUACCUCAUUAUUAUUCUGCUGCUGGUCGCUCUACUGGGCUCUGUCACAGUCAUCACAGUGAAGGCGGUGUCAGGCAUGUUGGUACUCACCGCUGAGGGCAGCAUGCAGCUCGACUACCCCAUCUUCAGUGUCAUGUUUGUGUGCAUGUUGGCUUCGGUGGUCUUCCAAGCCAGGUUUCUCUCCCAGGCUUGUAAGCUGUAUGACUCUUCUCUGAUUGCCAGUGUCAACUACAUCCUCUCCACCUUCUUCGCUGUGGUAGCUGGAGCUGUGUUUUACUUAGAGUUUAAGAAUGAAGACGUCCUUCACAUCUGCAUGUUUUUGUUGGGAACUGCAUUGUGUUUCCUGGGGGUCUUUCUCAUCACCAAAAACAAGAAAAAGAUAAAGACCUUUGAGCCGUAUGUCACUAUGGAUAUGACUAAUGGUGUCCCAACUAUUCAUGACAAGGGCCUGGUGCUUCAGCCAGACUUCAAUGGUUCAUUCUCCUACGGGGCUCUGGUCAACAACGAUGGAGUGGCUCCUGUGACUGUACCAGUCAACCUGGAACAACCGCCAGUCGGCUGCAGAUCCACUGAUGCAUCUCACGGCCCGCCUGACCUGAAGAAAGAUUAGAACCAAAGGGGUUUUUUUUUAGGUUUUUUUCCCUCUGUUACUUCAUCCAACUAUAAACAACAUUCAAGGACCCUGAAAGACUAACAGGGGUACGUUCAGUUCUUUUCACGUAUACACAAGACUAGUACCCAUCCCAGUAGGAGGUGUCCACUGGGUUUUUUAGAUGCUCUCUUAUCACCUAACACUCCUCACCACAUCCUUUCCUUUUUGAAAUCUCUAAACCAAAAUGUGACCUUGAGAAGCUUUCCUUUCUUGAGAAGAUGUCAACUGUUGUAAUUCCAAAAAGAAACUUGAAUCGUCUGGAUGUUCUGGUGGAUUCACAAACGUGGCUUCAGGAAUAUGACAGCAGAGAGUGCUUUGCCUCGAAGCGUACUGCCUUGCACCCUGUGUUGGCUUUGAGAUGUAUAGUAAGGACUCACUUCCACGACUGUUAAGCUGUUUUGUUCUCAUUACAGGGGAACGUAUAGUAAUCUGUUCUUCCAGUGAGGAUUGUGAAGUUUCUCCUCACUUCCAGGUUCCAAUAAUAUUAUAAUGUAGGUGCGGUCUUUUUCAGAAUACUUGCCAAUGAACAUUUUGACUUUAAAUAUCUAACUGUCUGUCUUACAUGAACGGUUUUCACUCCAGCUAUCUGCCUCUUGUACCUGGGAUUUCAUUGUAUUAUUGCUUUUCCUGAUGUGACCAAACAACGGGUACAAUUGUUUUAAUUUAUUGUAAUGUAUUUAUUAAUUUUCAAGUUUGCUUUUAAUGUGCCUUGAAGACUAGCUUUACACUGGAUAAAUUACUGUAAGGUGGUACAUAACCCACGAAGGUGAGUGAUUAAUCACUGUCGUAGACCAGUUAUUCAAAGGCAGCUGUAAUCUGUCAGUGCCUGUUUGAAUCAAAAUAAAAAUCUGAAUUCUGGAAAUGUUUUGGAAAGGAAGUGAGAAAAAUGAAAUUACUAAUAGUGUACAAUUAGUUAAGUGUGAGUAUUAAAAAAAGUCUUCUUACAAAAGGUUUAAAUUUUAAAAUAACUGGAAGAUAGUCAUUCCUGAUGACAAACAAAUUUAGAAAUAAAAAUCACAGUAUGUAGAUAAUGUUGCCCAAUUACUAUGUUUCUUUCUGGUACAAUGUAUUUCAAAAAUAACCUCAUUGAUUUUUUUUUUUUUUUACAAGCUGAAAGAUGAUGCUGCAAUAAGUGAAACAUCCAUGUAUACCAAACUUAAAUUGUCCAUAGCUAAUGAAUGGCUGCAUAAAUUGGGAUACGUUUACAGAGGUAUCUUCUCCACAUGCAGCACUGCAUUUCUACAGUGUUAAUGAAGCAGAGAGCUACACAAGAGCUGUAUGCCUUAGCACAGUAUUCAGUACAUGGUUAUUUUGAUGAUAUGGCCUGUGGGUAGUCACUGAAAUGCAUUGUGUAUAUAAGCUCAUCAUUAACACCACUGUGUAAACCAACUGAAGACUGCCUGUUUAUCAAUAAUGCCUUCUAAUGAAGCAGGAACAGCUGUAAAAGUCAAACUCUCAUUGUAAAUUAUAUGCAAUCUUGUGUCAUAUAAAGUUCAUGUAAUCCAGUUCUGUUGUAUUUGGAGUAACACCUCAUGUUUUUGGUUGGUCAUAUUUUACAGAACAUUUGCAUAAACUAAGAUGAAUUGUUUUACAAAAAGUUUACCAUAAUGUUAGAACCAGAUUUGUCUUUUAGUCUUGAUAAUAUUUUGUUGAUCAGUGUUUUUGGUUUUUCUAAAUCCGCCAAUUUUGAAAACGACUUGGGCCUAGUGCUGGCUAUGAAAGAUGAUCCAAAGCCUGGUA